CAGGAUCCUCGCAUUUAAACAGAUCUAGGCAACCGCUAGACGCGGGUUUUUUGACAGUGACAAUAUAUUGAAAUGUGCUUGAACGAUUUAUAACAGUCCAUCAAGUUCGGAUGAAACAGGACUAAGAUUCCCAUUUUCAUACAAGGCAGGAAACUAACUACCACACUCGUUACAAUGACCCGGGCGAAUAUAGAACUGGGCAAUGUUACCCCACACAACAUUAAACAACUGAAAAAGCUCAACAGUGUAGUGUUCCCAGUGUCUUAUAACGAUAAGUUUUACAAGGACGUUUUGGAGGCUGGCGAAUUAGCAAAAUUGGCCUACUACAAUGAUAUUGUGGUUGGGGCAGUUUGCUGUAGGAUUGACACCAAUGAGAAGUCCAGAAAACUCUAUAUCAUGACCCUUGGAUGUCUAUAUCCUUACAGGAGACUGGGAAUCGGCACUCUGAUGGUACAGCAUAUUUUAAAUUAUGUCGAAAAUGAUGGGGACUUUGAUAACAUAUUCCUACAUGUUCAAGUGAAUAAUGAAGGCGCCAUUGAUUUCUACAAAAAAUUCGGCUUUGAAAUAGUUGAGACCAAGGAGCACUACUACAAAAGAAUCGAACCAGCAGAUGCUCAUGUGCUUCAAAAGACAAUAAGAAAGACCGGACGAAUGAAUGGUAGUUUAGAGUAGAUCUGUUGGUUAGAAUGAAGCACUGGUGUGAUUAUAUUUCGUCAGGACAUGCUUCCGUUUUUUAUCAUUGACAACAAAUUGUUCUGUAGUCUCAAACCAUCAAACAGAACUCCUUAGCUUCAUUUGUACAUACAUUUCUUCAGUCGUUUUUCCAGUGGUCAAGUACGAUUUUUUUUAUUGUUGAAACGAUCAAAUUCAUAAUCGUUAAUUUAUUGCGUACUGUUAACAAACCUAUUUAGAUAUGUAUUUUUCACGAUAUACUGGAGUUUCUCAAUUCAUGUACUUUCAAAGAGCAAGCUGAUGAUGCAAUAUUGAUUCAUACGUUUUUCAGUAUAUUUCAGUUCGUUAUAUUCAUCUUAGGGUGAGAUAGGUUUUUUAUUGAUCAAGCAUUGCGAAAUAAAAUGAAAAUUCCCCAA